AGCACAGCCAUCACAACUGCAAUCACCAGCCUCGACCAACCUGUGCCANAUGGCUUUCGUUGUGGCCCCUGUCCUUCAGGCUACCGCGGCGACGGCGUCGACUGUCGCCCGAUGGAGCUGGCCUGCGCCAGCAGCCCCUGCUACUCGGGCGUCACCUGUGAGGAGACGCCCGACGAGGUGCCCGGUUACCGCUGCGGUGCCUGUCCGCCGGGCCUCACCGGAAACGGCGUUCACUGUGAGGACGUGGACGAAUGUCAGUACGCCAACCCGUGUGACCUUCGAGCGGGCUGUAUCAAUCGCUUCCCGGUCACUGAUCGGGGCAUUGGCUUCCAGUGUGGCCAGUGUCCGGAGGGGUACACCGAAGAUGGUGGCGGUGGACCCCCUUACGGGACCGGCAUAGAGGAGGCGAGGUCGGCGAGACGGCAAAGUUGUCGCGAUGUGGAUGAAUGUACUGAAAGAGGUAAUGGAGGUUGUGUGGAGCACUCCACCUGCAUCAACACGCCCGGCUCCUUCCGCUGUGGCCCCUGUGAGGCGGGCUACGUGGGCAACCAGACCGUGGGCUGUCGGCCUGACCACCACGGACAGACGGUCUGUCCGGACGGGCGGACGCUCUGCAAUGAGAACGCCUUCUGCGUGAAGCGGAAGGGCUUUGUCAACUACGUCUGCCAGUGCAAUGUCGGCUGGGCGGGCGAUGGGAAGAUCUGCGGGCGGGACAGCGACCUGGACGGCCUCUGCGACUAUGAGCUGUCCUGUGCUGACCGGCGCUGUCGAGUGGACAACUGCCCCUACAAGCCGAACAGCGGCCAGGAGGACUCGGACAAGGACGGCAUCGGAGACGCCUGCGACACUGACGCCGAUAAUGACGGCAUUCCCAAUGUUAAGGACAACUGUCCGCUGAUGGUGAACGUCGACCAGGCAAACAGCGACGCCGGUGGUGGCCGAGAUGGAGGCAGCGGUACCAGUGGAAACGACCGCUACGGCAACGCCUGCGACAACUGUCCGCUGGUGUACAAUCCGACGCAGGCGGACGCCGACGGGGACGGCCUAGGGGACGCCUGCGACGACGACGCCGACAAUGACGGCGUGCCCAAUCACUUGGACAACUGUCCAUUUGUGGCCAAUAGCGACCAGGCGGACCGGGACGGCGACCGGGUGGGCGACAAGUGCGACAACUGCCUGGCGGUGGCCAACGCCGACCAGGCCGACCGAGACAAGGACUUUGUGGGCGACGCCUGCGACACCAACUUUGACCGCGACCAGGACGGCAUUCAGGAUAACAUCGACAACUGCCCCAGCACGCCAAACAGCGACCAGCUCGAUUCGGACGGCGACGGCCAAGGGGACGUGUGCGACUUUGACAAGGACAACGACGGCGUGCCGGACAGCCGCGACAACUGCGCCCUGGUGGCCAACCCCGACCAGCGGGACACGAACAACACCGGCGUGGGCGAUGCCUGCCGAGGAGACUUUGACGGCGACGGCGUGCCGGACAUCUUCGACGUCUGUCCGGACAAUCGGAAGAUCUACGCCACCGACUUCCGCUCCUACCAGACGGUCCGCCUCGACCCGGAGGGCGUCUCGCAGACCGACCCCGAGUGGAUCAUCUUCAACAAGGGCGCGGAGAUUAUGCAGACGAUCAACAGCGACCCCGGCCUGGCGGUCGGUUUCCACGCCUUUGGGGGCGUCGACUUUGAGGGCACCUUCUACGUGGAGUCGCACAUUGACGACGACUAU